GGAAGGUGAAAUCAACCAAAAUCUAUUGGAAUCAGCCAACAAAAACACUAGUGAAGAAGAAACUCUCAAUAACAAAAUAUGGAACGAGGCCAAAAAAAUGUGGAUCAUAGCGGGCCCCGCAAUCCUAAUCCGAUUUUCCAUGUUCGGAAUAAAUGUCAUAAGCCAAGCCUUCAUCGGCCAUGUGGGGUCCACCGAGCUCGCCGCCUAUUCUCUCGUCUUCACCGUCAUCCUACGUUUCGCAAAUAGCAUACUCGUAAAACCGAACUUAUAAUUUGUAUUCAUUUUUUUCGUAUUAAUAAAUAAAAUCAACUUAUAUAUGUAUAUAUUCGAUUUUGCAUUGCAUUGAUAUGUAUAGUUGGGAAUGACGAGCGGACUAGGAACGCUAUGUGGACAAGCGUACGGAGCGAAGCAGCACCACAUGCUCGGAAUAUACCUUCAACAAUCAUGGCUCGUUCUAACCACGACCUCGAUUUUCCUCUCGCCGUUAUUUAUUUUCACCACCCCUAUACUAAAAGCGUUAGGCCAAGACGAACGCAUAGCGGAAGUGGCGGGGAGUAUUUCUCUGUGGUUCAUCCCCGUGGUAUUCUCCUACGUGGUCUCGUUCAGCUGCCAAAUGUACCUGCAGGCACAGAGCAAGAACUUGAUUAUUUCGUACUUAGCCGUUUUUUCGUUAUGCCUUCACGUUUUUCUGUCUUGGAUGCUGACUGUGAAGUACGAGUUCGGAGUUCGUGGGGCGAUGGGGUCCACUAUCUUGGCGUAUUGGAUACCGAACUUAGGUCAACUUAUGUAUGUUAUGUUUGGAGGGUGUGGAGAAACUUGGACCGGUUUUACGAGAUUAGCGUUUAAGGAUCUUGGUCCGAUUAUCAAGCUUUCCAUCUCGUCUGGUGCAAUGAUCUGCCUUGAAUUGUGGUACAACACAAUUUUGGUUCUUUUGACUGGAAACAUGGUCAAUGCUGAGGUCACAAUUGAUGCUCUUUCUAUCUGCCUUAACAUAAGUGGUUGGGCUUUAAUGAUUUCUAUAGGUUUCUUAAGUGCAGCAAGUGUGCGUGUGUCGAACGAGCUUGGAAAGGGGGAUGCUAGAGCCGUAAAAUUCUCGAUCUUGAUGAUAGUGCUGACAUCGUCCACAAUCGGAUCCGUGCUUUUUGUUUUUUUCAUGUUGUUUCGCAAUAAUUUGGCUUACGUGUUCACGAAAAACCAAGAAGUAGCGAAGGCGGUUGCUCAUUUAUCGCCUCUUCUGGCGUUCUCGCUGCUUCUGAAUGGUAUUCAACCAGUUCUUUCAGGUGUUGCUAAUGGGGCUGGAAGGCAGAGCAUUGUUGCUUAUGUUAACCUCGGUUCAUACUACUUGAUCGGAAUCCCUUUGGGAGUCGUACUUGGUUAUGUCGUCAAAUUACAAGUCGAAGGUGUUUGGAUUGGAAUGAUAAUCGGAACAGUGGUUCAAACGGCUAUAAUUGUUAUCAUAACUUACAGGACUGAUUGGGAUAAACAGGUAUCCGUUGCUCGGAGACGAACGAGUCGGUGGUUUGUGGAAGAAGAAACUAAUUAAUAACGAGC